AUGAAAAGGGUUCACCUGGCUACUAAAAGCGAUAUAGAAAUAGUAGCAAAUGAAAAUAGGGAUAGAAAAAGGGCCAGAAGGGGAUAUUUUUUGGACUUGCCAAACGAUCUCAUUUUCAGAAUACUCUCGCUCUUAUCUAGAAGUGAUGUGAUAAAGUUCAGCUGCAUGAAUCGACACUAUAGGUCAGAAUUGUCGCCCAUUAUUUUUAACAAGGUGAAGACUAAUUGGUAUGAGCUUAUACUGAAAAAGGAAGAGCCCCGGUUUGACUUAUUCUCGUUGCCUGAGUAUAUACGACUUGUAGAUUUCUAUUCAUACGGAGAAUGGCAGAUUGAUAUAUUCUCAAUACUUCAUUUGAGAUUCCCCCGAUUGACGCAUCUUCUGAUCAAUAGUGCCAACUCUUCAAAUUGGCUCAAAUAUCGGACUUCUAGUUAUAUUAAAGAGCUUUGUCUUUAUUACGAGAAGGGUCACAAUGAAACGCAGGACCUUCAGCAUGAACCCAAUCCCAAGAAUAUUCUUAAACUAAGUAGAACAGCUUCAAACAGUCCGCGUAUAUUUGACUUGGCACAUUUACAUGACUUUAAAUUGCUAACUAAAUUGCUGUUGGAUUCCUAUCAUUUCAAUUGGAGUGAGAGUGCUAAUAUUUGUUGUUCGUUACUAGAGUUGAACUUAUUGAAUUGCACUUGGGAAUAUCCGUUUACGCUAGCUCAGUUCAAUUUGAGCCGGAACUUGAAAUCUUUGAAACUCAAAUACAUUGAAAAUCAUCCAUUUAUCCUUCUGGAAAGGUUUGGUAAAUUUUUAGAAGAUCCAAAGGGAAAUGUAGUACUACGUGAUAGAGAAAGUGGGGGAGAGGGUGAAGUUGCUGAGUUAUCUUACUAUUCAUUGGACACUUUAGAAACGUUCUUGCUUUCUUUCGAUCAACACACCGAUUCUACAUGGAGGAAAUUGCUUCUGACGAAGCAAUUAAGUAAGUUUAAUUCACAAUCGUUUCCUAAACUAAAGAACCUUGAGCUCUCUGGAUUCCAGAUGAAUUUGGAGUCUUAUCGAAGUUUUACCAAAAUCCUAGAAGAUGAUUUCAGCCUACAUAGAUUAAAAUUAGCAAUUUGGGAUACUCUGAGAGAUACUACCAAUUCCACGAAGGAACAGUUCGUUCUAGUGGGGAAACUGGCCAUCGAAAAGUUUGGAUUAGAGCUACUCGAGUAA